AUGAAACUUGCCGCGGAAGAAACUCUACUAACGGCCCCCGGCUUCCGCGGGUCACUUUAUUCCUUCUCUCUCCAACUACCUUCAUCCAUGGAGGAAGCACAACCACCGAGAGUACGCAGAGCCACCAAGGCGUGCGCUUUUUGCCGUCGGAGAAAGUUACGAUGCAAUAACGAAAAGCCGACAUGCUCGAACUGCAAAGGCUACGGCAAAGAAUGCUUCUAUACCAUAGGCCCAGAGCGAUCAAGGUAUGAUACUAUUUAUUCUUUGCCAUUGACUUACUCACGACGCCAAGGCCCACCAAAGCCCGAAUCUCUAGGUUGGAAACGGAAAAUCAACUUCUUCGUCAACGGCUUGGAAGCAUUGAACGUCAAUCAACUGCCGCAAGUGUUUCGACACCCAGAGAGAAAUGUGACGAACGCCAAGAAGAGGCACCGAAUUCACCCACUACAGCACCCCAUAGAUCUUCCUGCAGUCCGGGGCAACGGCCUGAAGUGGAUCUUACCCAGUCAGCUGUCUCUCGCAUAUACAUCGCUGCCAAUGGAGAUUCCAGCUAUCAUGGUCUUACAAGUACACUGUUUGACGAUGCGCCGACAGACAGGCGGGCCCAGGUACGGCCAAAUGAUUCACGACUUCCUACCGAUAAUGUUUCAAAGCAGCUCAUGGGUGAAGCAGCCUACCAAAAUGGAAAGCAUAAACCUGCAACAAGGCAAACUUGAUUUUGAUGGGGUUGAUCCCGACCUGGGCAUGCAUUUACUAUCUCUACACUGGAAUCGCCAGCAUCAUUCAUUUCUUGUGACCCACCGCCCUGCAUUUAUGCGAGACAUGGCGGUUAACGGGCCUUAUUUCUCCAAGCUUCUUUUGAAUGCAAUCUUUUUUGGUGCGUCAAAAUUCAGCAAUAGGCCUGAAGUACGUCGAGAUCCUGACGAUGUUCGAACUGCUGGCUGGACCUUUAGAAUGAGGGUCAAAGAGUUACUGGGAAGCGCCCUUGAUCGCAGCGAAAUUACCACAAUCCAGGCUCUUUUGGUAAUGACCAGUUCGUUAUUUGCUCUUGGAGAUGAGCGUAGUGCUGCAUGGCUCUAUGCAGGGACUGCAUUCAGGAUGAUUAUUGACCUGGGAAUGCACGUUGACGCUACCAUGCUCACAAAUAUGCGUCGACUCUCUGAUGAAGAUUUAGAAAUCCGUCGACGCGUAUUCUGGGGCGCUUUUGUCGUUGACAAAAUCCAAUCACUGUAUCAAGGCCGUCCAGCUAGCUUGCAAGAUUUUGAUACGAAAGUGUCGCUCUCUUUCCUUGACACCUACGAGGAAUUCGAACAUUGGCAACCAUUUGCAUACUCUGAUGUGCAGUCAUAUCCCGGUUCUCCAGCCUACAGCGUCUCUACGUUCACUGAACUCUGCAAGCUUUCCCUCGUUUUGAAUGGAAUCUUGAACAAAGUCUACUCUGAGCGCAGCUCAACACGUUCGCGCCAUGACCUUAUUGCAACCUUGAAUUCCUUGGACACACAGCUCGAAAGUUGGCACAGUGAAUUACCUAGCCAUUUAAGAUUUACCAGCAGCUCAACUAGAACCACUCCUCCGCCACAUGUUCUUUCUCUCCUUGCAUUAUAUAAUGUUUUACGUAUUCUUCUUCACCGACCAUUCGUGGCAGAAGGCCAUUUAUAUGCAACAGAUCCAUCGGUUGCCAUAACCUCCUUCAAUACAUGCACUGCGGCAGCCACCCGGAUUAUUCGUCUAUUACAAGCUUACGAUUCAACAUAUUCAAUUCGACAUGCACCUUAUCUCAUCUCAUAUGCUACGUAUGUUGCAGCGACAAUCUUUGUUCGUGUGGCUGCGCAGCGAGAGGGCGGCAGUCGAGCUCACGCCAGCCUUCGGGUCUGUCUUGACGUGUUUAAGAAAAACCAGAGCACCAACUGGGCGGUGCGCCGUGCUGAAAAUGUUAUAUUGCAUUUGAUGGAUCGUAUGGGUGUGGAUCUAGGUCACCAGAUGGAACAUAAUACAAGCCAGCAAGCCCCGGGGAUAACGAGAGACACAAAGAUCGACAGUGGUUUGCCAAACCCCUCAGAUGGGGACAUAUUUCACUCCAUGGCAUUGGAUAACCAAGAAAGUCCACCACAGGGAGAAUUGGAGAGCUCGGAACUAGACAUCGAUAUGAUCAUUCAGAGCUUCAUUCGACAGACAGACAGAACAGUUGAUGGUCAAACUUUUGCUGAGAAUGUCGGUCAUACCCUUCCCGACUCCACUGCCGUAACGCUUGGCCUACAGCCUGCCUCAUCGUCGGCAAUGAUUCCAGUGUACGACUAUGGUUCACCGGACACUCGAUUUGAUGUUGAUAUGCUUUUUGGUUUUAAUGGCUCGCUUCAAGAUGACAUAGCCUACUAA